AUGGCGGACAAUCGGGACCCAGCCAGCGACCAGCUGAAGUCCUGGAAGGAUCAACGCUCCUCGAAGAAACCUGAUGUCCUGACUACUGGAGCCGGUAACCCCAUAGGAGACAAACUCAACAUUCUUACGAUCGGCCCCCGUGGGCCCCUUCUGGUCCAGGAUGUGGUUUUCACUGAUGAAAUGGCUCACUUUGACCGAGAGAGAAUUCCCGAGAGAGUGGUGCACGCUAAAGGAGCAGGGGCCUUUGGCUAUUUUGAGGUCACCCAUGAUAUUACCAAGUACAGCAAGGCAAAGGUGUUUGAGCACAUUGGAAAGAGGACACCCAUUGCAGUUCGGUUCUCCACUGUUGCUGGAGAGUCGGGCUCAGCAGACACAGUUCGUGACCCCAGGGGAUUCGCAGUGAAGUUUUACACAGAAGAUGGUAACUGGGAUCUCGUUGGAAAUAACACCCCCAUUUUCUUCAUCAGGGAUGCCCUCUUGUUCCCAUCAUUUAUUCACAGUCAGAAGAGAAACCCGCAGACACACCUGAAGGACCCCGACAUGGUGUGGGACUUCUGGAGCCUGCGCCCCGAGUCGCUGCAUCAGGUUUCUUUCUUAUUCAGUGAACGCGGGAUUCCAGAUGGACAUCGGCACAUGAAUGGCUAUGGAUCACAUACUUUCAAACUGGUUAAUGCGAAUGGAGAGGCAGUUUAUUGCAAAUUCCAUUAUAAGACUGACCAGGGCAUCAAAAACCUUUCUGUGGAAGAUGCAGCAAGGAUUUCACAGACUGACCCUGACUACGGCCUCCGGGAUCUUUACAAUGCCAUCUCCACGGGGAACUACCCCUCCUGGACAUUUUACAUCCAGGUCAUGACGUUUAGUCAGGCAGAAACUUUUCCAUUUAAUCCCUUUGAUCUCACCAAGGUUUGGCCUCACAAGGACUAUCCUCUGAUCCCCGUUGGUAAAUUGGUCCUAAACCGGAACCCUGUCAAUUACUUUGCUGAGGUUGAGCAGAUAGCCUUUGACCCAAGCAACAUGCCACCUGGCAUCGAGCCCAGCCCGGACAAGAUGCUUCAGGGCCGUCUGUUUGCCUAUCCUGACACUCACCGCCACCGCCUGGGCCCCAACUACCUUCAGAUCCCGGUGAACUGUCCCUUCCGUACCCGAGUGGCCAACUACCAGCGUGAUGGCCCCAUGUGCAUGAUGGACAACCAAGGUGGAGCCCCGAAUUACUACCCGAACAGCUUCAGUGCUCCCGAGCAGCAGCGCUCCGCCCUGGAGCACUGCAUGCGGUAUUCUGGGGACGUGCAGCGCUACAACACUGCGGAUGACGACAAUGUCACUCAGGUGCGGACAUUCUAUACCAAAGUGCUGAACGAAGAGCAGAGGAGACAGCUGUGUGAGAACAUCGCGGGCCACCUGAAAGACGCCCAGCUGUUCAUCCAGAAGAAAGCGGUCAAGAACUUCAGUGAUGUUCAUCCUGACUACGGGUCCCGUAUCCAGAAGCUCCUGGACAAGUACAACGCUGAGAAGCCCAAGAAUGCCAUCCACACCUUUAUGCCCCACGGGUCUCACCUGGCUGCGAGGGAGAAGUCGAAUCUGUGA